CUAACUGUCAAAAACAACGCCACAAUAGUUCCGUUUCGGUGUUCGCAACGAAUAUGACGAAUAGUCCGCUUGCUCGCAAGCGUGAACCGUCGCCGUCGCCGUCGCCGCUGUCAUCGCCGUUGUUGUUAUCGUCGUCGUCGUCGUCGUCGUCGCUGUUGUCGUUGUUGUUGCCGUUGGUGUUGUUGCCCGUCGCCAGCAGCAUUGCCGUCCCCUUGGCAGUCGGCCGAAAUGCUCACUAAGAGCCGAUGAAACCCUCGACGGUGGCACAGUAAUGCAACAGCACCAGCAGCAGCAGAAGCAGCAGCAGCAGCAGCAGCAGCGCGCCACGAUCAGGACGCACCAGCAGCAGGAUCAUCCGGGACAUGUGCCGCUGUGUAUCGUGCACGGGCGCACCGUUGUGUAGUGUGUAGAUGUGACCGUGCAGCACCUGGACUGGAGUGUUGGUAGGCGAGUCGCGCCACCCGCGGGUGCUUUGCCGCAGUGACAGUGCAGUCGCCCGAGUCGCCCUUGCGCGGGCCAGUUUUGUUUUGUUUAUUUUUUUGUUUUAUUACUUUUUUUUGCGCCACGGCCUUUACCCGUUCUCGCUCUGUAGCAUAGUAGACAGACGGCAGUGAGAACAUUCUCGGAAACGCGCGGAGUAGACGCAGCUUCACGAAGGGAAAAACGCUCGACGGCGUCCCAUGUGGUUGAUGUGCGUGCAUCGCUAAAAAAAAACGGUUUCCGUCCUGCCGGUGUCCGGGUCCGGCCAUGCUCUAGAGGUGCGUUUUGUGCGAAGGUGUGUGUUUGUGUGUUUAUUCAUACGGCAAAGAAGAAGAAGAAGAAGAAGAAACCAUGUAGCCCCCCGAACUGAGCGUCUCCAGUCUGGUCAGGUGAAUAAUAGAAAAAAAACGCAAAAAACAGUGUGUAAAACGGGCGGUACUUAAGGGCAGUGCGAAUCUAGGUGAACCAGGUGCGUCCUCCGUGGUGUUUGCGGCUAGGAGUGCAUAGGGAUAAAUUUAAACAAAAAAAAAAACCCCAUUGUUUGCCCGUGAACCGAUGUAAGACAUUGAAAGCCUUUUACUGGCCAAUUUUAUUAUUUUUUUCAACUUUUGAUUAACUGUAGUUAGACGAAAGUACGCACUAGCAAAUGCCGUUCUACUAAAGCUCAGCUAAUCGAGAGUAACUCGUGUGUGUGCGCGCGUGCUUGGUGCGAAAGUGAAAACAGCGGCCUUGGCAAAAGGGGAAAGGGAACUGGGGUGUAACGCAUUGCCGCACGCCAGCCACGGUCCCGGGAAAGCUUGGAGUGCGCGGCACGAAACCACCCGCCGGUACCGGCACGGUGACGCCCCGGGGGGAGGCGCAACGCAGCGGGCGGAUUAUGGACAGUAGUAUGGUCGAGGAGAACGGUUCCUCGGCGAUAGGCGAUCCGCUCGGUGGUGGUACCGGUCCGAACGCAACCGGUUCGACGGUCGGUGAGGCGGUGGUUACCGUCGGCGGCGGCGGUGGUGGUGGUGGUGGUGGUGGUCGUGGCCCCCCAUCCGGUGUAGGAACGCAGCACCAAAGCGAGCUAAUCAGUACCUCCAACAACGGCAGCGCCGACAGCAGCACAGCAGUAACGGUGGCAGCCUCUACCGGUGAAGGUGGUGGAGGGGGCGGAGGAGGAGGAGGAGGAGGAGGCGGUGGUGGAGGUGGAGGAGGAGGAGGAGGCGGUGUGAAGGGAGUGACGGGCUUGGUAGCAGGCGGUGCUCCGGGCGGCCUGGGAGCGCUCGGGUCCGGGUCGGCCAACAACAGCAACAGCUCGGUGCCGGUCGGUGGUGCGGCCGGUCCGGAGGUAACGCUAGUGCCGGCGGCGGCCGCCGCAGUCACCGCGUCCGGUACCAACAUCGUCCAGCUGCUGUCGACCCAAUCGCCCGGCCAGGCGCAGUCCGUCAUACAGCAGAACCAGCAGUCGGUCAUACACACGGCGACAGGGAACGUGCCGCUCGCGCGCAGCGUACUAUUAGUGUGUAACAAACCAAACUCCGUGAUCCACACGACGACGGGCAAUUUGCAAACCAUACACAUCAAACCCGAACCGCACAUCGUCACCGGCUCCGGCAGCAUUAUGACCGACACCAACAGCGACGACACGCUGUCGGACGAGGAGGCGUCCCCGAAGAAGCGGAGGGACCUGCUGACCCGGCGCCCAUCCUAUCGUAAGAUAUUGAGCGAUCUCGGCGGAGCGGAAAUCGCCAACACCCCGAGCGAUGGUUCCGGCCUGCACACGAUAGCGACACCUGGUGGUGGUGUGGUGCAAUAUUCCCAGCCGGAGGGCAUUUACGUACCUCUCAUGGGCGGCAACGUGCAGCUGGAGGAUCAGUCGCGCAAGCGCGAGAUGCGGUUGCAGAAAAACCGGGAAGCGGCCCGGGAGUGCCGCCGGAAGAAGAAGGAGUACAUCAAGUGCCUAGAGAACCGGGUGGCGGUGCUGGAGAACCAAAACAAGGCCCUGAUCGAGGAGCUCAAGUCGCUGAAGGAGCUGUACUGUCACAAAUAG